UGUCUCUCUCCGUCUCCCUCUUCACUUUCUCUUUCUAGAAAAGCAUUCGGGUGAGUCGAUUUCUGCCUUAUGAUCCAUCUAAAUUCUGUAUUUCUAGCUAAAAACAGCAAAUUUUGUGUCACGGAGCUCAUCGUUGGUUUGUUCUUUUCAAUUCCGUGAAUUAGAUACAGGGUGUGUAUGAUUAUGAAUUUAGUUGAUGGGUUUCCGGUUUUAGUUUUUGGUUUUGACCUGAAUUGUUGAAUUUUUGAUUUGUUAUUUUGUUUCUUCAACCUUAUAAAAUAGAUACAGGGUGUGUAUAAUUGUCUCUGUUCGUAUUAAGUGUUUGGUUAUCCCUUUUUCAGUCGUAUGUGUAUAAUUUAGGUUUUCUUAACGAUCCUUUACGUAUAUAAUCUGCUAUAGUAGUUUUCAGGAUCUCUUAAGAACUUUUAUUUGGUUAGCAAAAUUUCGAAGUUUGUUUUCAUGAUGAUUGAUAUCUUUAGAGAAUCAGGAGGGAGGUGUGUACGUUUGAUUUGUUUUUUAUUGUAUAAGCAUUUAUGCUAUUGAGUUGAGCUGUAUGAUCUACUUGUAUAAAUGAUUGUUUUUUGAUUGUUACUAGUCUUGAUGCUUGAGAUUGAAGGCAGAAAUAGGUUUCAAUAAUGUUGAUUAGACUAGGGUUGAUGUUGCUAAAAUGAAUCAAUGAUGAGGUGUUUUUAAGCUGGUCUUCCUAAAUUUAUUCCCUUAUUGAUUGCUUAAUAAUGUAGCUCAGUGUAGAUUUCCGCAUUGAAGAAUGUCGGGUGGGGGAACUCAAAACAGUUUACGAAAAGCUCUUGGAGCAAUUAAGGACAGUACGACUGUCAAUAUAGCUAAAGUUAGUAGUGACUACAAGGAAUUGGAUAUAAAUAUUGUGAAGGCUACGAACCAUGUUGAGCGCCCGGCAAAAGAAAAGCAUAUACGUGCUAUAUUUGCAGCUAUUUCAGCUACAAGACCUCGAGCUGAUGUCGCUUAUUGCAUACAUGCUCUUGCAAGAAGAUUGUCGAAGACACAUAAUUGGGCAGUUGCUUUGAAAACUUUAAUUGUUAUUCAUCGGGCCUUGAGGGAGGUGGAUCCCACAUUUCAAGAGGAACUUCUCAACUAUGGAAGGAGUAGAAACCAUGUGCUCAAUUUGUCUUACUUCAAAGAUGAUUCUAGUCCAAAUGCAUGGGAUUAUUCUGGCUGGGUUAGGACCUAUGCACUAUAUUUGGAAGAGAGGUUGGAGUGCUUCCGAGUCUUGAAAUAUGACGUUGAAACAGACCGCCCGAGAACAAAAGAUCUUGACACUCCUGAGCUGCUUGAACAACUACCAGCUCUGCAGCAACUUUUAUUUCGCGUUUUAGGCUGUCAGCCACAAGGAGCAGCAGUUCAUAACUUUGUGAUUCAGCUGGCACUUUCUAUGGUUGCCUCUGAAAGUAUCAAAAUCUACAACGCAAUUAGUGACGGUUCAGUGAAUUUGGUAGACAAGUUCUUUGAGAUGCAACGGCAUGAUGCUCUUAAGGCCCUGGAUAUAUAUAGGAGGGCUGGGCAGCAGGCCGAGAGAUUGUCUGAAUUUUAUGAGAUAUGUAAAAACUUUGACGUUGGACGUGGCGAAAGGUUCAUUAAGAUCGAGCAGCCUCCGUCUUCAUUUCUACAAACCAUGGAAGAAUAUGUGAAAGAAGCUCCUCGUGCUUCUACUGUUCGUAAAGAUCUGCAGGCAGUUGAUGACAAACCGAAAGGAAUUUUAGCCAUAGAAUACAAGAAAGAAGCAGAGGUUCCAGAGAAACGCUCACAAUCACCACCUCUGGCUGAGCCUGUGCCUGAACCAGCUCAAGUGGAAACUCCCAUUUCUGAACCACCACCAGAUUUACUGAGUUUGGAUGAUCCGGUUACAGAAGCCGCUGAAUUUGACGAGAAGAAUUCCAUGGCUUUGGCCAUUGUGCCUGUUGUUGACCCACCAGCUUCAACUCCCAUAACUUCAGUUAACGGAACCUCAGGAUGGGAGUUGGCCCUUGUAACUGCACCAAGCUCUAACGGGAGUGCCACAUCUGCAAGCAAACUGGCGGGAGGGCUGGACAAACUCACACUUGACAGCCUAUACGACGAUGCAAUCAGAAGAACCAACCAGAAUGUUAGCUACAACCCAUGGGAACAAAACCGGAUGGGUGGAGCCAUGAUGCCAUCACAGAUGGCACCAGACCCAUUCUACGCUUCCAACGCCAUAGCCGCACCACAAAACAUACAAAUGGCAGCCAUGGCUCAGCAACAGCAAGCUUUCUUGUUCCAGCAGCAGCAACAACAAAUGAUGAUGAUGGCUCCACCAUUGCCACAACAAAGUUCAAACCCCUUUGCCAAUCCAUAUGGGGCUACCCCCCACCCUUAUGGCUCAGGUGUGCCAGUUCAAUCCUAUAAUCCCUAUUCUGGUCUCAUAUAAAAAAAUCCUCAUAUUUUGCUCGAGAACUGGAGGCCGUCCAUCUUGUAGCUAGUCACAACUUUUCUCGGGCCAAAAACGUGUACAAGAUAAUUAGGAGUAGUGGUCUGCAUUGUUCAUUAUUUGCAAUCGAGGUACGGAAUAAUGAUUACAUUCAAAUUCUUUUCGUCAAUUUUUCGGAUUCUUUUAUGGUUUUCUUUUCUCUUCUUUUUAUUGAUGAAGAUAGAAAUAUUGUGUAAACCCUUUGAGAUUGUCUUAUGCACAUUCAUGUAUCAUAUAUAUAGUGAUUGAGUGGAGAUUCUUGGUAUAUGUUGUCUUA